AUGGAGCAUCAUCACUUCGACAACAAUGUUGGUCAACAACCCGACACAGAUGUCAAUAGCAGGAGCGACUCCAACAAUGCACCUCCGCUUGGUGCAUACUUUGUAUGGCACUCUGUGAUUGAUGGAACUCCUUGUGAUAUGGACAGCAAUGACCUCAAUGGAUCACAACCUCUCCCUCAUGAGAAGCCAAAAUCACCAUGGCAUCCAUUUGCCAAUCGAGGUCACUUCUCCCUCGCUGAUUUCGUCUUUCGACACAACGAAAUGCUGGGGACUCAGUUUGAUGAGCUGAUGCACAUCUGGGCCGAGGUCAAUGGGAGUGAGGGCGGAAGUGGGAAGCCCCCUCCAUAUGCUAACAAAAAAGACCUUUAUGAUACCAUUGAUGUGAUAGAUCAGAGCGAUGUACCCUGGCAGAGCUUCACCAUUCAGCAUGGCGACGCAAACAGUCUCACUGGUGACCCAUCAGCACCUCAAUGGAAGCUUGCUGAAUAUGAUGUGUGGUUUCAGGACCCAUGUAUGUUGCUGUGCAACCAGUUGUCAAACCCUGACUUCAAGGAUGGUUUUGACCAUGCUCCACGCCAAGUGUAUGGUAACAACCAUGAGAGGGUCUUCGGUGAUUUCAUGUCCAGAAAUUGGGCGUGGAACCAAUGUAAUGAACUGUCAGAGGACCCCGAAUGUCAUGGCGCAAUGUUCAUUCCUGUCAUCUUGGGUAGCAACAAGACGACUGUGUCAGUUGCAACUGGCAACAGUGAAUACUAUCCGCUGUACAUUUCAAACGGAAAUGUACAUAACAAUAUUCGACACGCUCACGUUAAUGCUGUUAGCUUGGUAGGGUCACUGGAGGCAAUUCUCUCAUCACUUUGGCCCGCAAUGACUACACCAGAGGUGACAUUAUGUCCUGAUGGACAUUACCAUCGUGCAAUUUAUGGGCUCAGACCAUAUAUCGCUGAUUACCCUGAGCAAUGUUUACUUUCUUGUAUUGUUCAAGGCUGGUGUCUGAGGUGUACUGCCUCAAGAAAAGACUUGGAUGAGAAGAAUGCAGGUCACCUCCGAACACAUGAAUUCACUGAACUAUUGAGGGGUACAUAUGCAUGGAAAGUGUUAUGGGACAACUGGGGGAUCAUCGAUGAUAUUAUGCCAUUUACAGCCUCAUUUCCUCGGGCAAAUAUUCAUGAGUUGUUGUCACCCGAUCUGCUCCACCAGGUGAUUAAAGGUUCUUUCAAGGACCACCUUGUUACCUGGGUCGAAAAAUAUUUGGCGAAGACAUUCAGAACAUCUAAGGCUGCAGCAACAAUGGCUGAGAUAGAUCGAAGAGUUUCUGCUGCUCCGUUGUUCCCUGGUUUAAGAUGCUUCCCUGAAGGUCGACACUUCAAACAAUGGACAGGUAAUGAUUCAAAGGCCCUGAUGAAGGUAUUUCUUCCUGCGAUUACUGGCCUUGUUCCAGAUCAAAUGGUCCGAGCCAUUUCUGCUUUCAUGGACUUUUGCUAUCUUGCAUGUCGUUCUACCCUCAGCAAGGCUGACCUAGAUGCACUGGACGAUGCUUUGGCUCAGUUUCAUAAAGAGCACAACAUUUUCAUUGACUCCGGUGUUAUGCCAGACGGAAUAUCACUUCCACGCCAACAUGCCUUAAUGCAUUAUCGAACACUUAUAGAGCUUUAUGGUGCCCCAAAUGGCUUGUGCUCGUCGAUCAUGGAGUCGAAGCACAUCAAGGCCAUCAAGAAACCCUGGAGGCGCUCAAAUCGUCACCUACCUUUAGGUCAGAUGCUCUUGAUCAACCAGCGACUCAAUAAACUUGCUGCAUUCAAGUCUCACCUUGCUGCCCACGGAUUCCUAAACCCAGCCUCAUUGGAACCUGCUGACAUUGAUCCUGAGGAGGCUCAUUUUAGAGAUGACUCCAAUCUUGAGGAUGUUGAGCCAGAUACUGAACUCACUAGGUACUCAGCAAUGGAAUACCCUCAUCGGCUUCCCGAAAUUGCUGCAUUUAUCAAUUUCCUGAAUCUUCCUGAGCUAUGCAACCCAAAUGCUUCCAUUCAAGCAGCUGAUAUAGUAGAUGGGAGAGUAGAUGUCUUCAACUCAGCUGUUGCAACAUUCUGCGCUCCAAGUGACAUCUGUGGAGUUAAUGCAAUGCAGCGCCAGCAUAUUCACAGCUGCAGGUCUUGGUACAAUGGUCCUGCUCGCCACGACUGCAUAUUUGCCGAAAAAGACCCCUCUCUCCCUGGAUUUCAAGGCCUAUAUGUCGCUCAAGUCAUCCUCUUCUUUUCUAUCACUUAUCGUGGUCAGCUGUAUCCAUGUGCGUUGGUUCGUUGGUUUGCUCCUAUUGGCAAUGAGCCAUGUAAAUCCACUGGCAUGUGGAUGGUAGAACCUGAAUUGGAUGAUGACAGCGGUGAGUGGCUUGUGUCCAUCAUUCACUUGGACAGUAUCAUGCGUGCAGCACACCUGAUAGGUGUUUAUGGUUCACAAGACAUUCCCCAUCAUCUCAAACACACUGAUUCUUUGGUUGCUUUUUCAGCUUACUACGUUAAUAAAAUUUCAGAUUAUCACACUUAUGAAAUCGCUUAUUAA